AUGGGGGACUACACGGGGCCUGUGAGCUACCCUCAAAAUGUAUUAGAAAAUGCACCAUUAACGCCGCCGCCAGUUCCUCCUCACUCAAUUCUCUCACUCAAGGAAGAAUGUGAUUCCGAUGAAGACACCUUUCCUGUUACAAGUAUUCAGAGACAUCCAUUGAAGAAGCAACUCCCGAACAUUCCGUCUCUGAAUGGACCGCCCAACAUGUCAAUUCCGGGAACGCGAGCUUCAUGGUACUCCUAUCCUUUACCGGAUGUGGACGGUAACCUUCAACCAAGGCAGCGGAGCCCUUUAUACAGCCUGAUUAUAGAGCUCAGUCAUCACCUCCAACGCAUCGAUACGACUUUGGAUGAACUUACAACGAAAUCGCUUGAAGCAGAGAGUGUCUCGCAGCUUGAGUUGGCUCGCGACGAGGCUCUGCGUGAAGACAUCGACUCUUCGUCGGAUCGCGUGUACUAUGCCAAGCUUGUGAUGGAUGCUGAACGCUCCACAGAUGCCGAGCUUCAGAUGUUUGCCGUCCGCCAUCGAUCAGAGACCUUCCAGUUGCUUUCUUCUCUUGUGAGUGUUCCUAGAUCUGCAGAUGAUGACCCGCAAGCAUUGUAUUUAAUGGGUGUUGCGUACAGCACAGGCGCACUAGGAUUGGAGAUCGACCACGCACUUGCAUUCCGUUUGUAUGCCGAUUCCGCCAAUCUACACCACUCAAACGGCGCAUAUCGCACAGCAAUUUGUCUGCAAAUGGGCGUUGGUACAGACCAGGAUUUAACAGAAGCGGUUUAUUAUUUUUCAGAGGCUGCUGCUAACGAACAUGUUGGAGCAAUGCAUCGGCUCGGUAUCAUCUUCCUACGAGGCCUGUACGGCGUGGAGCGCGAUGCUAGUCUGGGCUUGUGUUGGCUAAUCCAGGCUGCAUUAUCUUCUACCGUCGAGCAUCCACAUUCACUUUUUGAUUUGGCACAAAUCUAUGAAUCGCCAAAACCAGAGCAAAAAGGUCUCAUUGCACAGGAUAUGCAUAAAGCGUUCUUACUAUACUUCAAGGCUGCUUGUUUUAAUGUGCCCGAAGCACAGUUCCGUGUUGCUCUCUGCUUUUCUCAUGGCGAACUUGGCUGUCCUAUCGACACACAGAGAAGUCUUCUCUGGUAUACACGCGCAGCCAAUAACCAGUAUACGGAUGCAGCAUGGGAACUAGCCAAGAUUUACUACAACGGGUACUAUGGCAUCAACACAAAAAACGUUCCGCUUGCCAUCGAAUGGGCCAAAAAGGCAGCUGCUCGGAAGCACCUCGAGGCUCGGCAAUUUCUACAGACCAUACGCCUUUCUUCACCAUCCAGCAACUCAAGCAACUCAUUUGCGAUGCAUAACGAAACAACUACAUUUUGUUCCCCGGGCAAUUCGAGACACCACCGACUCAAAAGCAACAACUGUAUCGUCUCCUAA